AAGAUGAAUGAAUAAUAGAGAAGGACGAGCGCCUUUUUCUAUAAUUGCUAAUAAAUGAAUCAUUUGAAAGGAGGUGGAGGAUUAUUAUUGAAGAUAAGAUGUUAUAAAUAGGACAUGCAGCAUCGACAACGAGGAUUGUUUGUAGAAGGUUGCUGCUGCUGCUACUGUUAAGAUGGGAAAAAAAUUGGAUGAAAAGUCUGAUAUAUACGAUGCUAUCAGCAUACAGAGGAGGAUGCUGCAGGUGACGGGGAUCUGGCCGCAAAGGAAUCGAAGCGUUUUCUAUCGUUUCAGGCAGUGCGCGACUUGGUUCACAGAUUGCCUCUUCUGCAGCCUUCUUUGCCUCGAGGUUCAUGCGAACAUCCGCGACGGACAGUACCGUCACCUCACGGAACUGCUCUCCUUCAUGGCAAGCGAAGUGCCGUACGUCUUCAAGCACUUCUUCUUCUGGUGGAACUCGGAACGUUUCAUCGAGACCGUCGAGAAUUUGAAGCGAACGCAUUUCGUCAACUAUCCGAUGUACUCGGAUCGACACAUCCGGUCGUCCAUCAAGUACGCGCGAAUGCUGAUGCGCUGGUACCAGAUGCUCGUCGCCAGUCUGGUGCUCAUGUACCUGUUGAAACCGUUCUUCACCAACGAUAAAAUGGCCAUCCGCUUUGACGUCAUCGACUUUGGUCAUUUCCGCAUCCUCUUCCAUCUGUACGAGGUGUACAGCGUGGGCACAGCGUGCUGGAACAACUCCAGUCUGGACAUCCUCGCUCUGGGUCUCAUCUCCAUAGGCACCGCGCAGUUCUCGAUACUGCGCGACAAACUGCUCAACAUUCGUGAAUGGGCGGGGCUCAGUUACGAAGAAGUCGAUGCAGGAAAGAGGAGGAGCGAUACGACAGAUUCCGACACCGAUUGGCACGUCAACGAGCGGCUCAAGGAGUGCGUCAAACAUCAUCUCAACAUCAUCCAAUACUGCGCUGAAAUCGAAAAAAUCUACUGCUACUACUUCCUGGUGCAAUUCUUCGAUAGCGUCCUCGCCAUCUGCAACACUUGGUUCCAAUUCCAAUUAGCCGAAGAUCUGCUCAACGUUAUAUUCCUGAUCUUUUACACGGCAUCACUUCUCACUCAGCUGGGAAUAUAUUGCCUAUACGGAAACAAUCUUAUGUUGAAGAGCGAGGAAAUCAAGGACGCCUGCUACAUGUCGCAAUGGUACAACUGCGAUAACACGGCGCGAAAAACGCUGAUGAUCAUAAUGGAGCGCUCCAAGAGACCCACCGUUUUGACGGCAGGGAAAUUUUCUAUCCUCGGAUUGGCAGCGUACAGCAACCUGCUCCAAUCGUCUUACUCUUAUUUCGCUCUGAUGAAUCGACUUUAUGGUCAGUGAUGAUGAAGAUGAUGAUGCACCGAAACUACAC